AUGGGGGGUGCUCAGAGUGUGGAGAUACCGGGGGGAGGCUCCGAGGGCUACCACGUCCUCCGGGUUCAGGAGAAUUCCCCUGGACACAGAGCUGGACUCGAACCCUUCUUUGACUUCAUAGUCUCCAUCAAUGACACCAGACUGAACAAAGACAAUGACACAUUAAAGGAGUUAUUAAAGUCUAGUGUGGAGAAACCUGUCAAAAUGCUGGUGUACUCAUCAAAGACUCUAGAGCUGAGAGAGUCCACAGUCACUCCCAGUAACCUAUGGGGAGGCCAGGGUCUACUUGGGGUGUCUAUCCGCUUCUGCAGCUUUGAAGGAGCCAAUGAGAAUGUCUGGCAUGUGCUGGAAGUGGAGCCAAACUCUCCAGCAGCCAUCGCUGGUCUGCGACCCCACACAGACUACAUCAUUGGUGCAGACACAGUCAUGAAUGAAUCUGAAGACCUUUUCUCUCUGAUUGAGAGUCAUGAGGGAAAACCUUUAAAGUUGUAUGUGUACAACACAGACACAGACAACUGUAGAGAGGUGGUCAUCACACCCAACAGUGCGUGGGGCGGUGAUGGCAGUCUUGGAUGUGGAAUCGGUUACGGAUACCUUCACAGAAUUCCCACCAGACCAUUUGAGGAGGGAAAGAACAUCAGCUUCCCAGGAAGCCCGCCUCGUGAGCCUGUUAGUCCACUGAAAGAUGGAUUCACUGAGGUGCAGCUCUCAGCAGUGACCCCUCCUGCUGCUGUAGUGUCUGUCCCCACAGGUCUGGAGGACCCUCUUUCUGGGCUCUCCAUCAGCUCCACAGCCCCCACUCUGCCCAGGGAGCUGCAGACUGGUUUGCCCACAGUACCGCUGCUCCCCUCGUCCACUGCCCCCUCCCUGACGCCCCUGACCCAAUUGAAUCCCACCUCCACCAGCUUUAGCACAGCCCCCACACUUCCUGGCCUCUUGCCUCUUCCCGCUGGUUUCCCUCCGCUGCCAAACCUCAACCUCCCGGACCUCGGAGCUGUGGCGUUAGCAGGCAGCGGUCUCCCACCAUCUGUGGGAACAGCUGUCCCUCCUCUGUCGUCCCUCCCGCCCCUCAACCUGCCCUUGCUUGCCUCUCUGCCACCGCUGCCCGCCAUGCUGCCUUCACAGAUGCCCUUUUUACCCACAAGUGUGGCCCCUUUCCUGCCCACCACCACGACCACCACCACACAUACUCCAGCCUCUGAUCUGCCCCCACUAGAAGCUUCGACGGAAACACUCCUCCCCAAGGAAGCACCAGUGGCCAUGGAAAUGCCGUCCUAA